AUCCGUUCGAGAGCCGUUCGAGUCUCAACCUUACGUAGCGUAAAGAUGUCACGUGACCGGAAAUGUGUGACCUCAUCAAAACAGUAUCGUCUCCCGGUCGCGUCCGGUUUCUUCGUGCAUAUUGGAACCUGUCAAGCUGCAGAUAUGUUCCGUUUCACAAUCCGAUGGGGUGUUUUGCCUUGAGAGAGCAAAUUAAACCUGUGCACACCGCCGAGACGACGUUUUUUCCCGACUCUCCUUCGUCGUCAGGAGCCAAGGUGUGAUGAUGGUGGAGCAGUCGGACCGAGCUCCGCUGCUCGACUGGGAGGAGGAGGUCGGGCGGGCCGAACCGAACCCCGCCAUGCCUGCUCCUCACAGCGGCGGAUUCCUGGCCGCAGAACCGAGCCGUCCUCCGAGCAAAAAUGGCGCGAAUAAUAGCUGGAGCUCGAGCCCGGAAGGUGGAGGUAGUGUAACAGCUGUUAAGGGCAGGGGCAGGAGCACGCGCCCGGGGCCGGAGGGGGAUGCUUAUGCUUCAGGGACGGAUGAGGAAGGAGACUGCGCCUUCCCGGGACCCUCCAUCAAAACCCGCGCAGUCCCGGGCUGGGAAGAGAAAGAUCAGAUUGUUGCGGUGUUUGUGGUGACCUUUGACACGAGAUCAGGAAACAUUGUGGAGUGGUGCUUACCUCAGGACAUAAACCUGGACGGUGUGGAGUUCAAGUCAAUGGCCAGCGGCUCUCAUCGUGUUGCAAACGAUUUCAUAUAUUUUCGGAAAGGCUCUUUCUUUGGGCUAGCAUGCUUCGCCAAUAUGCCGGUGGAGAGUGAACUGGAGAGGGGGGCACGAAUGAAGUCUGUUGGCAUCCUUUCACCUUCAUACACACUGCUGUACCGCUACAUGCACUUUCUAGAGAACCAGGUCAAGCACCAGCUGCAGUGUCCGGGACAGUACUCACCGCUGGAGGCAUUUUAUGAGGAUAAGAAGGCUGUGCUUCCCCCAGGAGGGAACGGUCUGGUCACGGUCUGCCCCACCAGCACCAUGGUGAACCGCUGCAUGCAUCCAGAGAUGAAGAUUACACAUCCUGCUGGCUGCAUGUCUCAGUUCAUCCGUUUUUUCGGAGAGCAGAUCAUGGUGCUGUGGAAGUUUGCCUUGUUAAGGAAGCGCAUUCUCAUCUUUUCUCCUCCUCCUGUCGGCGUGGUGUGUUACCGGGUAUACUGCUGUUGUUGCCUUGCUAACGUGUCCAUACCUGGCAUCGGUGGCUCUGUACCUGAGUUCCGCCCUUUCUUCUAUAUCAAUGUUGCUGACAUCACAGCUCUGGAGACGGAAUUGUCCUACGUGGCUUGCACUACAGAGAAGAUUUUUGAGGAAAAGAAGGAGCUUUAUGAUGUGUACAUUGACAACCAGAAUGUGAAGACACACAGAGAAGGCCUGCAGCCUCUGUUGCGAAUCAACAACGCAGACAGGGAGAAGUAUCGCAAACUCAGUGAACAGAGGCAGUUGUUGCUGUAUUCCCAGGAGGUUGAUGGAGACUGUACCUCUAGUGAGGAAGACCUCUUUAUCCUGUUCUUUAUGGAGCAGAACAAUCGCAUCUUUCAGACACUGCUGGAGGUCGCAGGAAGCGCUGAUCCCACAUUGACUCCUGAGCAUGUGCGUGCUAUGGGCUUGGACCCACACGCUGACCGCGGCUUUCUUGUGGAUCUGCUGGAGGUCUACGGCAUCGACGUCAUGCUGGUUAUCGACAAUCCGUGCUGCCCGAGCCAGUACUGACCCCUGGCCUCACCGCUGGAGUGAAAUGAUACUGCCACUUCAGGCUUUGAUACACUGCUGCCUUCACGUCCGCGACGUCUGUCUGCUUUAUGUAUGUUUGUGUUUGUGUGUGUGUGUGUGUGGGCUCAUGUGUGUUUACUUCAGUUCCUUGACAGCUACCUGUGGGUUUCUUUUCCAGCUGCGCCUACUCUCACAUCCCGAAAAGUGACAAAACUGAUCUCUGUGCCUCUUUGUUACUGCUUGUUUUGUGGACCUCAAUUGUGACUCUUUUCUUCUAGCCAGUGCUGUUUUGGAGACCUGAUGUAAUGGCACUGUCUGGGUCUCCAGCGCACUUCAUCUGAGCCUCACAGACUUAAAGUAAAGCAAUGGAGACACUUUCAUCCGUGUGUUCGUCUGGUUUUCUGUCUGGUGAAGAAAGGUAACUGAAAAGCAGUGACCGACUACGUUGUUAUAUAUUAACGGUUUUUGCAGAUAAAUGGUAUCAGACUGGAACCAUUUUUUCUUGAACCACAUUUCCAGUAUUCAUAAAGCUAACUCCACAUCAAUUCAGUUUGAUCGUGUUGGUGUGUGUCUGUCUCUCUCUCUCUCUCUCUCUCUCUCUUUCUCUCUCUGAUUUUUUGUCAGCAUUUUGCCUGUAGAAAAUGACUGGAUCAGUGUUGUUGACAAAGGGAGCAAGUAAAAUACUAUGAAGAGUGCUAAUAAAUCCUUUAAGAAUUCAUCAGGUAAUGUUCUGGUCACCAGAGGGAUGAUGGUCCUGGAAUGUAACUUCAUGUUCACCUGAUCAUGGUCAAUAAUCAUGCACCACAUUGGAUUUGCCACGAAUUCUGUUGAUUAUGAAUCACUGUAUCUAAUCAGAAGGUGCCUGCUGGUUAUUCACGCCAGAUUAAAUCUGUUUUUAAAGUAGCAUUGGUUUUGGCCUAGUAAAUGAAUGAAAUUUACAUGCUGUGUUUCUGCCCUUGGUUUUCAAUGGCACAUUGUAUCUCCACACACCAGGUGUCCCUGCUCUAGAGGUAAAAGAACAGUCACUGAUUUUGACUGCUUUUAAUAUGACUAUUAAUGUACUAUAAUAUAAAUACAGUAGGUGCAAAUGUUAAUGAGACAGACACAGAGAGGCGUAAAUGUAUGUCUUUGAGCUGAAUUGACCACAUUCCUGAUUUUUGUUAUCGGUUGCAAGUUGUAUAUGUUUGCUGCACCGUAUAAAGCACAGCUGGUAUACACUGACUCAGAUUAUAUCUGUUUAUUGUGAUUUUUAAUGUUUUUUUUUUUUCCAAAAACAGAAAAAUAUGAAUGUGGUUCUGUCAGUGAAUGCUGUAUUGUUUAUUGACUUUUGCAGAUUUUCAUUUAUGUGUAAGCUUGGAUUUAUGUUUAAAAUGUAUUUGCAAAAAGCAAUGAUUGGCCUAAUUGCUUUUUAACAGAACUAGAUCACAUGGUCAUACUGGCAAAGUCAGAUUUUAUUUAGUUUGUGCUACAUUAACUGUAGUCUGUGGCUUGGACAUAGAAGAUGAGUUCGCCCCGAAGUAUCACUCAGCAUUGUAUAUGUCUGUAAGGGUGAGAAGCCUUUAACUCGCUAACAAAAACAGCCUGUUGUGUUUAGGACCUGUGGAACUUUAUAGACAACCGACCCUAUUGUCUUACUGCUACUGUAGCAGUCAAGAUUUGUGUUCAAUCUGAAUACCAAACUCUUUUUUUAAAUGUUUACUGCAAAUAGUAACAUCUUAUUUCUGUAAAUGAGUGCAGGCGCUCGUUGUUUGACUGGUAAACAAAAAUGCUGUUACUGUUAAAGGAUAGUUUUUAUAGGUCUUUUUGGGUUAAAGUCUUUAUUGAGGUUAAAAUUGAGGUGCACAUAGAGUACCAGUCAAAAGUUUGGAUUUAUUUUCUACAUUCUAGAACAAUACUGAAAUUGGGAAUAACACAUAUAGCAUUAGGUAAUUUAGUAACAAAAAUCAAUUGUCAUAUUAAGACACUGUUGUGGAACAGUUCUGUCAAGUGCAUUUGCAAAACCCAUCGAGCACCAUGAUAAAACUGGUUCUCAUGAAGACCCAAGAAAAGUAAGAUCGAAACCCACCUCUGUAAGUUCAUGUAGAGUCACCAGCCUCAAAAUCCCCAAUUAAGAGGACCUCAGUAUUAAAACUAUUAUAAAGACUGUUCAAAGGAAAUGAUUGCAUAUUUUGGACGCCUUCACAAUGUAUUGCCUGUUUUACAAUGUAGAAUGAAAUUAAAAUCAGGAGGGAGCAUGGAAUUAGUGAUGCAUCCAAACUUUUGACUGAUAGUAUAAGUACAUUACAAUAGGUCUUGGUCCUUAUAAGUUUUCCUGCUCUGAACACUGACCAUGACAUUUGUCACCUGGAAAAAUGUACAUUGUAAGUACAAUGUAAGUAAUCAGGGACUAACUCCACAACAUUUGUUCUGUGUUCAGCUUCUAUAGACCCACUGAUCUAGUUCUACCUAGCUGUACGUCUACUUCUGGAAAAAAUAAACGAGUUAAAUUUGUACUUAAUACACUGUAAAUUUGAAGUAUUAGCUCAGUAGGACUGCAGAUGCUGAACUUACGAAUGCAUUUGUUUAUACGGAACAAGGAUUUUGCAGUUUGACCCCAACUACUUAGACUGGUUCAAGGUGACAAGCGGUUGGUUCAAACUAUUGUAAUGUACUUGUAUUCACAUCGAUAUUGAUUUAAGACAAACAUAAAAAAUGUAAUAAUUUUAAUGUUAAAAUUUAUUUAAGUAACAAUACAUAAUGUGUUGUAUAUGUCCAUAGAAAUUAUAAGACAAGAAUUGCUGAUGUGAAUUUUUCAAAAUAUAUCAUAAACUACCUAUUCUUUUUCUUUUAAUAUUUUAUAAACACUAUUGACUUAGCUCUUUGUGUUGAAGAAAAUGUACAGUAAGGAAUGUGUUUGAACGCUUAAACAAAUAGAUGUUGACUAAGCAUUAAAAUGUCAUUAACGCAAACACGGCUCAAUUUAGCUGAUGUCUGCACUCAUUUAACACUUUCCUCAUUAUGUUAAACACUGUAUCUGCAUGUGUAUCUUGGACCAGAUCCGCUGGCUCUUUUUACUGCCAUCUUGAAAUAAACUCUCUUUACUGAUUGUGA